AUGAAGGGCCUCUCAAGCUGGUUCACAUGGACGUCUGCGGGCCGAUGCCGGUCCCCUCGGUCGGGGGCCCGCCGGUACUUUGCCACGUUUUUGGACUACUACAGCAAGCUCUCGGUUGUAGUCCCCAUGAAGCAAAAGAGCGAGGUGGCCAAGUUCCAAUUAGCAAGCGAUGCGUGUUCGUGGGGUACGAGCCGGACUCGAAGGCGUAUAGGUUGCUCCAAGACCGCGACGGAAAGUAAUCAUCCCGCGGACGUCAUCUUUGACGAAGGGAUUGGGGGGGAUGGGGUUGUCGAGCUUGGCUUCGACCCCACGGACGGUUCCCAGACGGCGGAGGGUCACAACGCACAGCUUCACACGGAGGCUCAACAGGGGUCAAAAGUCGUAUUUCUGUGCGAGGGCAACGCGGCCGCGCGCGCCUCCGACCCGCGGCCGCCGCGCGCGCUUUCACGAACGGGCGCCAAAAUGAGGGUUGACUUCGAAACUGUGCGCGAGGGCCAAAGCAAAGGCGAAAGAGAUAGAGGAGGAUACCGGAAUGCAAACACCGACUGCCCAGAGGUACCCCGCGCGUGA